GUAAUCUGUAAGAUGCGGGAAAAAUGAAUGGUGAUAUGGGUUAAGGAAAGUUAUUUUCACUUAAAAAAAGCACACUAGAGAAAAGACAUGGCUGUUCUGCAGUUCUUGUUUGUACUUCUCAUGGGACACAUCAUGUGUACAAGAGUCUUCGCCUCACUGGGCAAUGCUUAUGUAGGUUGUUUCGGUACCGACCGCGUCGUUCACAAAGGUUUGCCAUACAAACCAACAGAAGAAUGUUGGAGCCGUUGUCAGAAAGCUGGAACGGAUAAGUUAGUCAUUGCCGGAGGGCGAUGGUGUGGCUGCGGUAGCCCUAUGAGACCUGGUGAGGGUAACUGCGCAAUAGUAUGUCGAUGGAUAGAGCCCCCUGUGUGCGAUUGCUAUGGAGCCGGUGAAAAGAACUAUUUUCAGGCAGCUCUAAAAGCUGCUGUCAAGUUUGUGCGGAACGUAGCUAAGCCAGUGGAUAAUAAAGGUUACGAUUGUGCAGAUGUUAGCAGGGAGCACUGGAAAGAACUGUACCCAGAAGGAGAGAACAAAAGGACUGAAAAAUGUAGAUAUCAGCACUGCAUUAACAAAGGAACCCGCUACUUUGCGUUUAUAUAUACGCAACGUUGUGGCUGCAAGCAGACGAGCAACUUCAAUGAUAACUAUCAGGUUCCAGUGACCAGAGACUGUGUGGACAAAAUGUUUUGCGUAGACUUGCCGUAUUCGGUUUGUCUGUGUGGAAAUUCAUUGAUAGAUCCCUCCAAGUAUAAUUCAAAAGGAAGUUUGGGACCUCUCCUAAGUACCACUGCAUUUAAAUGCUAUUCCUUGUUCCUUAACAACGACCAGGCAUUGCAUAACCGGAAGUUUGCCUUCACACAUGUGUUUGACAUGUCCGCUUCCCCUGUUGAGUGUAUUAAUAUCUGUCACCGCAACAAUCACCCAUUUGCUGCCAUCCAAAAAGGGGGUAUAUGCACGUGUCAGAAACAUAAAAAUCACAGGCCGUUUACGAAUGCGGACUGUACAUCAACGUGUUCGAAGGACACAAAACUGAAAGUUUGCGGUGGUGCUUUUACCGCCUCCGUCUUCAAGGCAAAUCCACAACUAUUAGUAACGACACCAGCUCCGAGGGUCGUGAAGAUAAAAGUUACUCCGGCUCCGGCUCCAGCUCCGAAGGAAACAAUGGCCGAGAGUCCACCCAGCAUUGAUACCGAUGAAGAGGAUGUGGAGCAGAAAGAAGGAGACAUUAUCGUUGAAAAUGAAGACGAUUUCGUCAUACCUGGAGACGAUGGUGGGUUUAUCGGAAUGAGUAAUGACGUUGUUAUGAAAAUUGGGGGUUUGGCUGUCGGAGUUAUUAUUUUAGCCAUCGUCGUCAUAUGUCUUUUGUGCAGAAAAGGCUCAGACUCGAGUAAAAAGAAGAAGAAAAAGAAGAAGGACAGAGACAAAAAGAAGGAUAGGAGUCCCGAGGAGAAAGAAGCUAGACGUAAACGUCGGGAGGAGCGCAAACGUCGCAAGCAACAAAAGUGAUAGGGUCACUGGACUGAAGAUGUGACAUACGUAUCAGUGCUGGAGGCCUCGAAUCUUUGCGCGAAAGUACAGCUCGAACAACAUAUAUUCUCUAUCAAUGGACAGCGAUUCAGUCGUGUACAGUGAAUGAGGAAGCGGGGUUUUCAUUAUUACUUUUUGUUUCGAAUCUAAACUUGUAAGUGGAUGCGGUGCUCUAUAGUGACAUAAUGUUGCGAUUCGGGCUUAUCACGGACUCUAUGUUCCCUGUGUACAUGUAUGUAUCCUCUGCGGUGACUGUUUGCUGAAGUGGGCUCUGACUUGUGGAUUGAGUGGAAGUAGUUUUAAAUACAGUGACUGCAGCUACACUUCGAAAUUAUAAACUUAACUGUGGACGCGAUGUUCUCCCGGUGUUUGAGUGGGGCUUAAACAUGUGUGUGGAUAGAGUGUCAUCUUCGUUGACUGUGAGAAUCUGGCUUAAACUUGUGUGGAUAGAGUCUCCCUCGGUGACUGUGAGAAUCUGGCUUAAACAUAAGUGUGGAGAGAGUGUUCUUUUCGGUGACUGUGUAAGAACCGGGCUUAAACAUGAGUGUCGAUAGAGUGUCAUCUUCGGUGACUGUGAGAAUCUGGCUUAAACAUAAGUGUGGAGAGAGUGUUCUUUUCGGUGACUGUGUAAGAACCGGGCUUAAACAUGAGUGUGGAUAGAGUGUCAUCUUCGGUGACUGUGAGAAUCUGGCUUAAACAUGUGUGGAUAGUCUCCCUCGGUGACUGUGCGAGAGUUGGGCUUAAACAUGGGUGUGAAUAUAGAGGCUCUCUCGGUGAGAGAAUGGGGCUUAAACAUGGGUGUGGAUGGGAUGUUCUCUUCGGUAACAGUGUGGGAAUAGGGAUUAAACAUGGCUGUGAAUGGAGUGUUUCCCUAGGUGAUUGUGUGAGAAUCUGGCUUAAACAUGUGUGUGGAUAGAGUGUUCUCUUCUGCGACCGUGCAAGAUUCUGGCUUAAACAUGUGUGUGGAUAGAGUGUUCUCUUCGGUGACAGUGCAAGAAUCUGUGUGGAUAGAGUCUCCCUCAGUGAUUGUGCGAGAGUGGGAGUAAACAUGGGUGUGAAUAGAGAGUCUCCCGCGGUGAUUGUGUGAGAAAUGGGGCUUAAACAUGAGUGUGGCUAGAGUGCUCUCUUCGGUGACUGUGUGAGAAUGGGGCUCAAACAUGUGUGUGGAUAGAGUGCUCUCUUCGGUGACUGUAUGAGAAUCGGCCUUAAACAUGAGUGUGAAUGGGAUGCCCUCUUAGGUAACUGUGUGAGAAUCGGGGUUAUAUAUGAGUGUGGAUGAGAUGCCCUCUUCGGUGACUGUGUGAGAAUCGGGCUUAAACAUGAAUGUGGAUGGGAUGUCCUCUUCGGUGACUGUGUGAGAGUCGGGCUUAAACAUGAGUGUGGAUGGGAUGGGAUGUCCUCUUCGGUAACAGUGUGAGGAUCGGGCUUAAACAUGACUGUGGACAGAGUACUCUCCAGUGAUUAUGUGAGAAUCAGGCUUAAACAUGAAUGUGGAUAGAGUGCUCUCUUCGGUGACCGUGAGAAUCGGUGACCCUCAGUGACUGUGCGAUAGUGGGGCGUAAACAUGGGUGUGAAUAGAGAGUCUCCCGUGAUGAUUAUGUGAGAAAUGGGGCUUAAACGUAAGUGUGGCUAGAGUGCUCUCUUCGGUGAUUGUAUGAGAAUCGGGCCUAAACGUGAGUGUGGCUAGAGUGCUCUCUUUGGUGACUGUGAGAAUCUGGCUUAAACAUGAGUGUGGCUAGAGUGCUCUCUUCGGUGACUGUGAGAAUCUGGCUUAAACGUGAGUGUGGCUAGAGUGCUCUCUUCGGUGACUGUGAGAAUCUGGCUUAAACGUGAGUGUCUCUAGAGUGCUCUCUUCGGUGAUUGUGAGAAUCUGGCUUAAACGUGUGUGGAUAGAGUGCUCUCUUCGGUGAUUGUGUGAGAAUCGGGCAUAAACAUGAAUGUGGAUAGAGUCUCCCUCGGUGACCGUGAAAAUCUGGCUUAAACGUGUAUGGAUAGAAAGCUCUCUUCGGUGACUGUGUGAGAAUGGGGUUUAUACGUCAGUGUGGAUAGAGUUUUCUCUUCGGAGACACUGGGAGAGUCUGGCCUAAACAUGAGUGUAGAAAAAGUGUUCUCUUCGGCGAUUGUACGUGAAUAAGGCUUAAACAUGAGUGUGGAUGGGAUGUUCUCUGCUGGCUCAAUCUUGCUUAAACAUGAAUGUGUUAAGACUGUCUCUUUGCGGACUGUGGGAGAAUCGGGCUUAAACAUGAGUGUGGAAGCUGUAUUCUUUUUGUCGUAUAGGUAUGGAGAUUUUGGAAAAUUAAAAUGUGUUAAUUCUCUGGGUGUGUGGUUUAGCAGAGAAGUCUGGUGUAAAUGAAUAUGUACUUUGCAUGUUGUUCUGUUUUACUUGACCAAUUGUAAUCCGAUUGAUUGAAACCUAAAGCAAUCAUGCUCUGUACAAAUUUGAUCAAAAUUAGUUAAAGAGUUUGCUUUCCGCAGAAAUACGUGUUUUUGUUUACAAAAGAAAUCUACCAUGCGACCAUAAGCUUAGAGCGCGUGCACCGGUGUA